AUGGUACAAGGGGUGAAAGCUCGCCACGUCGACUCGGUGUUUGAGUUGCUGAAAGAACUCGAUGUCGUGAAUACGAGAGAGGAAGCAGAGGAAAGAUGUUUCUUUUUCUCUGGAAGAGAGGCCCUCGACUUGGCUCUUGAUGAAAAAGGAUUCUUGAUCAAGGGAUGGGAAGAACGAGAAGGCACUUUCCAGAGGUUCGUUUCGAAAAUAGAGGAGAGAGCUACUUCUGCGGGUAUGACCGCCAAAUUGCAUCUAAACCGAGACACGUGUCAAGAGGUCUUACAUCAAUGCGCCAAGAGUCUUAUUGAAGUGGAUGCACAGAUUCAAAGCCGGGUGUAA